CUACUUUUAAACUUUUUAAUUUACCCAGCUUACAGCGGAAGUGAUCCGAGAAUGCUCGCAGCUAAAGCGUUUUAGCGGUUGAUUUAGUCAAACCAUUCUUCAAUCUUUCUGGUGUCCUGAAAAUACUCAUCACCAUGCAGAAGUAUCACCUUAGUCAUGGGUCUCGGCUAAUGGUCAACAUAUUCCCAGGUCGGCGCUAUAAUGAUGCCCCGGAAGAGCAAGAGUUUGUGAAAGGCCGAACAAUUUUUGAAUGCAGCUUGUGUCACAAAUACUUCAUUACUCAGUCAGAACUUUUGAGUCAUCUUGGGGUGCACACUGUCAAUGCUGAUGGGAGAUGCCCUCAGUGUCAGAAGAGCUUUGCUCAAGAUGCUGACCUGAAAAUGCACUUGUUUGGUCAUUCUCGAAAUAUCAUAGUGCCCAAGGACACAGUGUUGGAGAUAGAAAAUGUACAAGAAGGUCCUUCAGAUCUUGGUUCAGCCCGUCAGCCCCAGCCUCCAACAUCCGAAUCAGAUUCUCAAGCAGAACCAUCUUUUGCAGCAGUAUCAGAAAAUAUGGCACCGCCAUGCAUGUUGUCUGUUGUGGAGGCUGAUGACUCAUCUGAGCCACUGCACAGGUAUCACCCUGCACAUGAACUGCAAUUAGCAGCAAGGAGAGACAAACAGCAAGUGCAGAUUUCUGAGGUGUCAUUUUUGGUACAGGACGCUGCCGAUAUUACUGGGGAAGAAAUUAAAGGGGUGGAACCUGUAGCCUUGACCAAAAGUCAGAUGGAGUUGUUGGGGCCAGAAGUUAGCGAGGGUUCAGAGAUUAUCAUCAUAAUGCCACAUGACACUGCUGGCCUACCAGCUUUAACUCAUCCUGAGGGAGACAGCCAGCAGAGUAUCUUGACUACUGUUCUCUCUCCUGAUCAUCAGCUUAAACCUUCUUCACCUAUUUCCAAUCAAGCAGAUUUGGCUGUGUCCUCGGUUAGUAAGACACCAUCUGAAAUGGUGAUAAUAGCACAGGCAGUGGAGAAAAUGGACGCUGAGAAGAGAGACCAACACAGAGCUCUUUUAGAGUUUGCUUCAUCAGAGAGGAACCCGCCACAAAUAGUGGUUGUGGAAGGCAUCAACAAAAAAUCUGCUUUGUCCUCAGAACAUAACAUGGAAUCCGUUAAAGAAAGUAAAACUACAUCAGCUUCAAUAGCUUUCGCAAAAAGAACACAGAACAAGCAGUUAGAAGUAACAGAAAAUAUAAAUAAAGAGCAUCCAUUACCCAGCAGACAAGCAGAGAGCACAAAUCAGGAAGCGCCAGCUGUAAGAAGCAGAGCAAGACUAACAUGCCGUCAUACAGCGACCAUCUCUCAAGGAAACCAGACCAGUCCGACUGCAAAGCUGACCAAGUCAUCUUCCACACCAGGCAGUCAGGCAAAAACUUCAGCAGACGUUAAGGAGGCAGCUAAGGGUGAAAGAAGGAUGACAACACGUAAGCGACUUUCCACAGCUGAACAUCAGGAGAGCAUAGCAGGGCCUUCCAAACUUGCAGCAACUGUCAAAGAUGGUGAGAAGUCAGCACACGGGAGGGUUUUGUUAGGGUCAGCAAAAGCCAUGGAUUGUGGCAUCACAGAUAAGGCAGACAACACCAAACCAUCUGUGAUGAUAACAUCUUCAGCUAAAUCCGAAAAGGGGGCUGAACCCACAGAAAUUGCAUUCAAAAAAAUAUCGCAUGCUAACAAUGUUCAUCAUGAUGUUAAGAGAGAAAAUGUGCAAACAGCUGAAGAGGAAGGAGUUCGAGUCACUGGGAAAGGAGAACAGAGUAAAAGGUCCAGAGCUGCUUUCAUACCAAAGUAUGAACCUAUACAAACAAGGAAGAGGGCCCGGUCACAACAGUACCAGGACAUGAUUGCUAGUCUUGUACAGUCCUCUCCAAGGUCGCGGGGUCCAAGAGAGCCACCAGUCAGACCUGACACAGAGCAAAUGCCCAAAGCUGUUCCCAAAAGCCUUCUUAUCCUUGACCCCAAUCUGCUGCCCCGUUCAGCUCGUUCCAAAGUAGCCAUGAUGACAUCACCAGGCAAGAGCAACGAGGCUCAGCAGGUGCUUGUAAAUGUUUCUUCCUCCCAAAACAUAUCACUGACUGCUUCAGUUCAGCUGGCAACUGCAAGCUCGCUUGAUGCUGCAGAGAUCUUUAGAGUGAAAAACGAGGACAUGAAUGACCAGCAGCUUGAUCAACCUUUAGAUGCAGCUUCUCUUGUGGAACAAGCUGCCAGCGUGCAACCAGCUACGGAGGAAAGAUCAGAACCAGUUAGUCUGCAAAGCGUUCAUGCUCCUACUGCAGUUGUACUGCCAAAGGCCAGCAGCAUUCAUCAGGAUGACACAUCAGCCAGUCUACUUCUGUUGGCUGAAGCUGCCUACCCAAGUGCGUCACCCAGUGCUGUUUUGUCAGCACCAACUCAGACCCUUGAACCAUCACUUGAACAUCAGAUUCCUCAGAAGCAGCUUGUUUCUCACCAGCCAGAACCUGCAGUGACAUCUGAAUCAACAGAUACAGCUGCAGCACAAGCUGUUGCUCAAUUUUCACCCGGGAAGAAUGUUGAUAAAGAGGCUGAAUUGAAGGAAAUGGAUGGAACAGAACAUUGGAUGUGCUCAGUAUGCGGGGAGCUGGUGAAAGUAACAGAUCGAGCCCAGCAUGUCACUCAGCAUGUCGAUGAAGAAGAUGAGGAAGAGUUUUCCUGUGAUGUUUGUGGAGAACAGUUAGCUGAUGAGGAAGAAUUAGAACUCCACAUGGCAGUCGAACAUGACGAUGAUGAAGAGGCAGACAAUGGUGGUGCUGAUGGCGGGGAGGAAGAGGAUUGUGUAGAAGAAGAAUCCUCAACAGGUAUUGCAGGGUCUAGAAGAGCAGACAGCAAUCUUCAUGUGUGCGAGCAGUGUGGUGAAAGUUUCCCUUUCGCUGCAUACCUCCGCAAGCACAUUAGUAAUGUUCACAAGCAUCCCAGCAUAGUUUACACUUGUAACAAGUGCAACAAGUCAUUCUCAUCAAGCACAGCCUAUGAAAACCAUAGCAGACUGCAUGCUUCACCUGACAAUAAAAUCUCCUUCCGAUGUAUUUGCUGUGAAGCAAGCUUCACCUCUGCCACUGAACUUAGUGUUCAUGCCAACAUGUGCAAAAACAUAAUGUCUGGAAGGGGCAGGGGACGUGGACGAGGGCGAGGCAGAGGCAGAGGAGGUGCAGUUAGCCUCUCCCCUCAUCAUGUCUGUGAAAUUUGUGGCAAAGUUUUCUCAUCAGAUAUCUACCUGAAGGCUCACUUAAAGUCUCACCUCAGUGGUAAGCUGCAGUGUCUCUUCUGCCCUGAAAAGUUCCAUCGUAUUGGUGCAUUGAAAGAACACAUGGCAGGAAACCACCCGGAUGCUCUUCCAUUUAGGUGCUCCAUCUGUCAGCGAGGCUUUUCUCGUAAUGCCAACAGACUAAUGCAUGAGCAGACCCACACAUCAGUCAAGCUACACCGUUGUGAUGAAUGUGGGGAAAGUUUUGCUUUGCAAGCCUACCUCAAUCGCCACAUGCGCUAUAGGCAUCUCCGCAAAAUGCAGUGCAAAUGUGACAUAUGUGGCAAAGAAUUCCUGCGGAGAGCUGACAUGGUGAAACACAAGAGAGUGCACACUGGAGAAAGGCCAUACAAAUGUGAGAUAUGUGGGCAUGGAUUUGGCCAACAGUCCAACUACAAGUACCACAUGAUGCGACAUCGAGGCGAAAAACCUCACAGGUGCCCUGUGUGUGAGCGAGGUUUCCGUCUGCCAUCACACCUAAGAAUGCAUUUAGAACAACAUGCAGAUGGUCGGCAUCCUUGCAGUGUUUGUGACAAAGUCUUCUCCCUCAACAGAUAUUUGCAACGCCAUAUGCGUGUGCAUUCAAUGAAAAAGCAGGUGACUUUAGAUGGAGGGUUGGGAGAAGAGACAGAAAAGGGAUCAUUGAGCCAUUCCACAAAUUCUGUGACAAUGUAUGAGGAUGACACAACAAUGUCAAAGAUGACAGAUCGUAUUCUAUUCGAGCCUCUAGGUGAACAAGUGGUAGCCCAGACACAGGUUAUACACAAUUCACCAGACAGUGAGCCCAUCAUUCACUUUAUCAUCAAUGAAGAAAAAAGCAGUGAGAAUGAGAACAAUGAGGAGGUAAGCAUUGUGGACAGUAACACUGGAGCCAUCAUCACCACAGGUGUUGUGGAAACAGCCAGCUGUACUGCAUCAUCCUCAGGAGAGAAGCCGGCAGAGGAAAAAGAAGAAGUGCUUGAAGAAAUGGUGGAGGAGCAGGCUUUUGUCAAUGCAGAAGAAGGGACAAGCGUUGUGGUGGGGGCAUUUUCGGAAGGAGAGGGUGGCAGCAUGGAAGAAGGCAGCGUGACGAUUCCUUUCCGAGACCUGGCCCAGCUGCUGGGUGGUAAGCACUAUAAGUGUGACGCCUGCUCACAGAGCUUUGGUAUCAGUCCCAAUGCCACCUACAACAUGGUCCACACAGGACAGAGCCACAUCCUUGUCAUCAGCCUCAAUGAUCAUUGGAAAACUUCCUAAGUUCUUUGCCUUUUCUCCUUUGCUUGGAAGUUUCAUCAGAUUUUAGGGACAACUAAGUUUUAUUGUCAGCUGUCUGUAGUGUGGAGUUACUCAAGUUCACUGGCGGUUGCUAUGAACUUUAUUGAAUCUGGAUUGGUCAUGAUGGAAGAAUAGGAGAAGAAAGGAUGCAAAGGCCACCAAAGUAAGUGCAAAAAAGGAAGAAGACUUUGUAGUCAUGGUCAUGAUAGAAAUGCAGGGUGAAACAUUAUGACAGUUAACAAGUGUUGCAUUUUUUAAGUGAACUACGAACUGGAACAGUAAAUGAUAUGGCGUCAAUGACAGUGAAAUAAGCUCUUAGGUAUGUACAGUGAGGAGUGGCUAGAAUGCUGGCAUCUGAACUGAAAUGAGUGCUGGUUUGAUACCCGUGUAGCUUACUUCCCCCAGCCAACCCAGCUGGUGGGAAACCUGAGUCCUUGGAGGGUUGGGGAAAGGUAAGGGCAAGAUGGGUACCACCCUCACACAAAAAAUCCUCUGAGAAACACCUCGCUCCCUAAAAAACCUGAAAAAAGGUCAUGGGAUGACUUUUACCUUCGUGUACAGUGAAAAGCCUGGAUUACCUGAUAAUGACAGUUUGAAUACAAAUUAGAAAUAUUUAUGUUGAUUCUUCACAUCUUCCUUGCGACCCUAUGCUCCUCAAAGGAGCAACAAGGAAUAAACUACUAAACUUCACAUCUUUCUGUCUGCUAAAUAUUAGUGCAAGAGAUCGAACGUGAUUGUUUUAAUUAAAGUGGCUGAAUAGCAUUUUUGGAAGUGCAUGUAUGUUGCAAGCAAGAAAGAAUUUUGACCUAGCAGACUUGAGAGUUUUAUCUUAUAUAGCAGGUGUAUAUUUGAUGACAAGUGUGUUUGGCUUUAUUUUCCUAUGUUUAACACAUGAAAGAUGAAUGUGCCUUUGUCCUAUUUUCUUACCUUUUCAAACAACUAAUUAUAACAAUUGUUGACUACCAGUUACAGUAGUUGCUAUUUAGGUCACGGUUGGGUUUGAUGUGAGGUCUGGAAAAGUCUUAAAUCACUGGUCUCAAGUUCAAGUUGAUUUUGAUAAGUGUAGUCGCAAUAGUUGAGCUGCUACUUGUGACCAGUGGCUUAAGAGUUGUUUUCGUGACCUUUCAUGCAUGCAAGCUAGCAAAGAUUUGGAAGUUUAACUAAAAACACUUGGUUUAUUGCCCACAUGAAACCAUCACCAAAAAUCCUUUAUUAAAAAAUUAGAACUGUACGCUUUGAUUGAGCAACAUUAAAUAGAAACUGAUUUAGCAAAAGGAAAUGGAUGCUGUAUGAAAUUUUGUGGAGAGCAUCAUGUAAACUGACUUAACAGAACACUUUUUGAUGACAAUAGUGAUAACAUGAUCUUAUCUAUUUUUCUCUUUCACCAUUGUAUUUUGACAGAUGCAUACAUAUGUAUGCAAUGUUCAGUUUGGAAGUAGAUUUUUUUCUUCAUCUCAUCAUAGUCAACAAGUGACUAAAAGAAAAUGUAUCUAAAUAGGGGUGAGGGGAUCAAAUAAAUUUCUCUGUUAUAAACAAAUUAUGCAAAAUGGAUGCUAUAACUGAGUCAUGGCACAAUCAAAAACCUUGUUGCAGAGGGAUAAAGAACAAAUGUCGUUCCUCAUUAAGAAAUCGCAAACAAAAUUUAUAGUAAAUCCUUUUAUUUACUAAUGGUUUCAAACUUUCAUAAACAACCUUAAUAUUCAUUUCUCUCAAGUUUUGCAAUUCCUGUUUUAUGUGAAAUUUGUACUUCUGACUAAAAUAAGUUUUGGAAAACUGCCCUCUGUGUGAGCUUUAUUGUAUAGUGCUCAAAAGGUAUGUUCAUGUUUUAAAGGGAAACUGUUUUGAUCAGCAAGACAAUAAAGGACCUCAAGCACA